ACGAGGUUGUUGAGAUGCAAGAAGAUGGGCAGAGAGGUGAAGAGGAAAAUGGAAAAGCGGUGGCCACCGCGGAAGAAGAGGCGGCGGUGGCGGUGCUGCCUCACGAUUUAGUGGCUUCGGAAGUGCUAACAAGGCUUCCGGCCAAGUAUCUGAUGCGGUUCAACUGCGUGUCAAAACUGUGGGGCUCAACCAUCUCCAAAGAUCCUGCCUUUUCCAAGGCCCACUGUGCUCGGCAGCAGCGUUCCGGCUCCUCCUCCCUGUUCAUUACGUGUUCGGAUGCCAACUCCUUCGGCUGCUUCUACGCAACCCGUAAUGAUUCUCAUCCUUCCUACUGCGAAGAAGAAGAAGAAUCAUCCUUCGUUGUUUCGAAGCCUCACCAAUUUACUACAUCCUGCAAAUAUGAGGGAGCGACGGAAGUCAUCAACGGCCUCUUUUGUUUGCACGCAGGUAAUUGCGCUUGGAUAUGCAACGUCUCUACCCAUGAAAUUAGGGAGCUUCCUUAUUCCUCAGAUCUUGAAAAUGCCCAAAAGUUCAAAUAUUUCUUUGGAUGUGCUUCUACUGACAAUAACAGGAAGGAAUACAAGUUACUUAAGUUAUGCUUAAUUUCUUUGUUCUCCAAAAUAACAAAUCUUAUUAGGACUUAUAUUAGAGUGUGCGAGAUUCUGACUAUUGGCAAGGACCAGACAUGGAGAAGGCCGUGGACAUUGGUAGAUAACCCGGAAAUCGAAUUGGAAUUGGACCGAACAAGUGUUUGUAUCGACGGAUCUCUCUGUUGCUGGCACUGCAAUGGGGGCGAUUUGAUUGUUUUCAAGUUCGAAGAUGAGAGCUUGCAAAAGAUUGGCCUGCCACCAAAGGCUAGUUACUCCAGUAACGCGGAGUAUGGUUCGUUACUGCUGCAAUUUAGAGGCCAUUUUGCUCUUUUAAGACAGAAGGAGGAGCUUAUUGGAAGAGGAGUUCAGCAUGGGUGCUUAGUGAACCGGAAAUUAGAUCUUUGGGUAUUAGAGUUGAACAGACACGAUAAACAAGGUUCGUAUGAAUGGAUUAACCACAUCAUCGACGUUCCAUGUGAUUUUCCUGGUCGGGGAUGUAGUUUCCUUGGCAACCUCCCCCUCCCCACAGGUGAUCGGAUGUUGUUGACUAGCGUAGUGGACAUUGCUAUGAAGAAGCCGGACGUGCGUGUUUAUUCAUAUGACGACACUAAAGGCAAGUUUGAGAAGUUUGUGAUUGGCAAGUUCCCACUGUGGUCGCCGUCGUCCCAAAUUACUUCAGUCUGGUGGAAGGAGACAAACAAGUUCCGUGUCCACUAUUAUGAGGAAGAUAUCACACCUUUGAUAGAUUUGGUUUUUAGCAACAAGGAUCCGAGUCUCACUUCUAGUUGCACCAAAAAGGAGAAAGAGGAGAAGGAGAAGGAGAAGAAGGGUAACGGACCAAAAAGGAGAAGGAGAAGGAGAAGGAGAAGCAGAAGGGGGUAAUGGGACGACUACUCUGGGCAAAAGCGGAGCCAGGUUUCAUUUAUCAUCAACGAGGAGUCGAGUCUCACUGCUAGUUAUACAAGUGGAAGUAGAGGAUGAAGUUCGUUUAUUCGGAAAAGAGGAAGAAGG